AGCUGUAAAGGGAGGUAAUUAAAUAUAAUACUAGCUGUUCGUACUUUUGAACGCUUUCCAAGUUUCUCUUAUUUAUUUAUUUAGAGGCGGAGUUUUCUUCUUAUUGCCCAGGCUGGAGUACAAUAGCAUGAUCUCGGCUCACUGCAACCUCCGUCUCCUGGAUUCAAGCGAUUCUCCUGUCUCAACCUCCCGAGUAGCUAGAAUUACAGACAUCCGUCACCACGCCCGGCUAAUUUUGUAUUUUUAGUAGAGACGGAGUUUCUCCAUGUUGGCCAGGCUGGUCUCGAACUCCUGACCUCAGGUGAUCUGCCCGCCUCGGCCUCCCAAAGUGCUGGGAUUACAGGCCUGAGCCACCGCUCCCAGCCGUUUCUCUUAUUUAAUUCUUGGUGCAGAAGGAAAACUAAGCUCAUCACAGACUUACAAAAAGCCGGGUUUAAAAGAAAUCUUCGAAAUUAUCAUCUCGUUUCACGUUAAUUAACUGAGCCCGCGGUCACAAAGCUUCGCAACGGCAAAGCCAAAAGCAAGAUUCAUGCCUUUCAACUUUCUCACUACCCAAGUAGCACCGCAAGCCGAAUCCGCAGGGCAGUGCCAACAUUGUUUGCUACUCUUGCGCAGAACAAAAAUGCUAAUCACUGCAACUGCUUUACAUGAAAUUGCACCUAGAAAGACUUCAAAACCCAGAGGUACAUUAACUUUCCAGGCAAGUUCCUCCCAGCCUGUGUGCCACGAGUGAUUCCGAAUGUGGUGUGCCCUCUCCCAGAGUGCGAAGCUCGCGGGCGCUCAGGCUGCCGUUUGAAUGAACCCACGAGUGGGAGGGACGCACAAGCAGGGUUGCAAGCCCGGGGCUCGUGUGCAGACGCGGAGAUGCCAGGACGGGCUUCGCACUCGGAUCUGAAUGACCCUGGAACAGGAAUCACCCCACGCCAACAGCGAUGGGGGCCCCGCGGCACCGGCCCGACCCAAGGAGGCAGCAGCCCGAGAAGCAGAGCCCUGUCCCCAGUCCCCGGAACCUCGCGCCCCGCCGAGCCCGGCCCGGCCUGCGAAGUGGAGAGCACAGGCAGCCCCGAGCACGCCCGGUUGCAAAGGAGGCUCCUCGGAAAUCGCAGCCCAACCUUACCCCAGGCCCGUGUUCCAGGAGCCGCAGAGAAAGCGGGGCCGGCGGGAGGAGGCACGGGCCAGGACUUACCUGGCGGCAGCGGCCCCGCACCUCCUCCAACCCGGACUCAGUUGUAACAAGAACCUGAGGCCGCUGGAGAAAAGGAAAAAAUGCCGUCGCGGGCGGGGCGGACCCAGGAGCCUGCACGCAGCCCCGCCCCGCCCCGUCCGCGCAAACACGCGACCUCCUCAGCUCCCAUUGGUUUCUGCCAGCACUAGCCACACCCCUGACCGCCCCAGAUGGGAACACGGAGGGGCGGGGCCCGUCCCAAGUGCCCCUCAGGAUCUUCCCCUGCCGCUGCCUGAGGAGGGAGCUGCCCGGGACUCGGUGACACCUGAUGUGGCCUCCGAUAUCGACUGGGAGGUGGAAGAGAAAUUUGGGGAACGCAUCGAGAACCGUGGAAAAGCAACCUUCGCACGGGGCAACCUUCUCACGGUGCCCCCGUGAACCUUCACAGUUGGAUGGAAGUAAACUUGCCCUUUUUUUUUUUUUAUACCCCAGCUUUUAGCUUGAAAAUAUACAGAUUAGCCGGGCAUAGCGGCGGGCGCUAUAAUCCCAGCUACUUGGGUGGCUGAGGCAGAAGAAUCGCUUGAACCUGGGAGGCGGAGAUUGCAGUGAGCAGAGAGCGUACCACUGCACUCCAGCCUGGGCAACAAAGCGAGACUCCGUCUCAAAAAAAAAAAAAAA